GCAAUUUUAAUUUUUAAUGUUAAUUUUAAUUUUUUUUUGGUCAACAUUUAAUUGGAUAAUUAGCUUAUUUUAACUUUUACUAGGAAAUCUAAUCUACGCGAAGCUACAUAGAUGAACACAGUGCUUGAAAAUGACGAGAAUACUCCAUCGAAUGGGGAUAAUGGGUCCACUAUCAUUUCCAGACUUCCAAUGAAUUUAUCCACACUUUUUCCGGAAUGUAGGCAACAACAAGAACGUGUUUGGCAAGGUUCAUUUACGUUUGUGCAUGCCUGCGACCCUCAACUUGGUCUAAUUGAGAAGCAUAUUCUCAAGAAAGACAAUCCUGGCUGGAAAGUGGACCUUACUCAUUUAAAAUGUGCAAUAAAAAUGAUCAACGAGAUUCAGCCGAAACCAAAGUUUCUGGUGGUUGGAGGGGAUAUGGUAGACACGCCGCCGUAUGUCGAGACGCUUGGAAUCCAUUCGGAGCAGUACAAGGAUUUGAAGGAUUGCUUUGACACCAUGUUAGAUCCAGAUAUUAAAGCAGUUUUUGUGUGUGGAAAUCAUGACGUUGGAGACAUGCCCACAUUUACUACGAUGGACGUGUACAGAAAUGAAUUUGGCCCGGAAUACUUUACAUUUUGGCAUGGGGGAGUAAAAUUCACAGUGCUCAACAGUCAGUAUUUCAAAUUCCCAGAGCUAUUGGAGAUGGAGUUUUUUCAACAAAUGGAAUUUUUACAAAACACGAGAGAUGAUGGUGCACUCCAUCACGUGGUUUUCCAGCACAUUCCUUUGUGCAUAGAGAGCGAGGAUGAAAUCGACAUUUCAUUUCUGAACAUCAAUCAACCAAUGAGACACGAGGUUUUGAAUGCAAUGAGAACUACAGGUGUGAAGCACAUUUUUUAUGGUCACACUCACCGUAACGGAAUUAGCCAGAUUGGACCGAUCGAACAUGUCAUGACCGCAGCAGUGGGUGGAACCUUCGACGACACUAAAAGUGGAUUUCGUGUAGUAUACGUCUCGGAAAAAGAAAUAACCCACGAAUACAUUCCUCUUGAAGUACAGUUCAAAGAAGUCAACAUUACUGCAGAUGAAGAUAUUCAGACUACAGACGAAAGUCUUUUGAAAAAGCUGAGCGAAUUAGAAAGGAAAUGAGUGAAAGCAAAAUCAUUUAUUUGUAAACGCAAAAUUCUAGUUGUCCCUUAUUCCUGCACAUUUCAUUUUAUUAGACAAAUUAAUACAAAAAUUCGAAUAAUAAUUCUUCGCUAAGAAUUUAUAGAAAA